AUGACAGUAGUAGCGUGUAUUCAGUGGAUUCGUGAGGAGUUAGAAGAUGAUCUCGAGACACUACAUCCAUCACUUCCUGAGACUGAUUCCUUGUGUGAGUUUGUAACGGACGGUCGUGCAUUGUGUCUGUUAACCAAUAAAGUCUUACGUCAAGCAGAAGCUGAUGCAGAUGAUGCAGUAGGAGAUGAAUUACCCAAGAAAUUACAACGUUCAUUGAAACAAUUGAGUAAAUUCCAUGCAUUAGAACGGAUUCAGUUUUUCAUUAAAUGGUGUCGAGCACGUGCUCAAUUGGAAGAACAUCAAGUCUUUACGACUGUUCAAUUAUUGGAUGAAGUGAAUGAAACGGCCGUGUCCGAAACGAUUGUCGCAUUACGUAAGAAAACACGACCACAUCUCAAGUCCAUGCAUCUCUUGUCUCCGUUUCAGUUGGACAAGGAUAAGAACAAGACAUUGACGAUGCAAGCAACGACAUUAGUAUUAAACAAUAAUGGUACAACAACGAACAUUGGAAGUUCUGGUGCGAAUAAUGCCAAUCGACUGAGUUCAUUUCUCAACAAGUUUCCAUCUGCACCUGUCGUAACUACUACAAAUAUGCAAUCGAAACCACCGACGAGUCAUAAUCGCGUGUCUCUAACGUCCAGUGUCGCUAGUAGCAAUCCAUCUCCACGAGAAUUUGAAGAACCUGUGCCGAGUGAUGAAAUCAACACGAGUAACAGUAAAUCACGACUACGUAUUCCAUCGAUUUUCAAGGGUAGCAGCAACAAUAACAACAACAACAAUAACUCACUUGCAUCUGCCACGUCACGAAGUAGCGUCAUUAGCAACGCGUCAUCCACGGCAUCUAGCAACAAGGAAGAAUGUCGCGAAUGUCGCUCACGUUCGUGGUCCAGUAAGCUCUCGGCUUUUUCACGCAGUCAUUCGUCGUCAUCUAAUUUGUCAGCACCCAAGACGCCAUUGGCAGGUGACCUUGACAGUGGUGACACUCCGUCGUCGUCGCCACCGGCCUCGCCACGCAAUCGAGUGAGCAUCCCGUCUGCAUUCUCCACUCCGUGUUCGGCUGCCCCUACGUCCAUGUCGAAACUCUCGGCGUUCCUUAGCAGUGUGGACACGACAGCACCUGUCUCAAAUGCAUCUUCUCAGGAUAAGAAGUCAUUGGAGCUGGCUGUGGAGGCUACAACGCAAGAGGAUGCGGAGCCAGCGAUUGAAGACAAUGAAAUGGUCGAAGAGCCACCAGCACCCAUUGCAGAGGAGAUUUCUGCUGCGAAGGAGAGGACGAGCAUAGAUGUUGAGGCUGACAACAACACAAUGGAGAAGCCAGUUUCGAGCACGAAGCUGCUUGCUUUCUUGCAGGCUGUUGAGCCUAGUGGUGCGACAUUGCUAAAGAAAGAAAUGUCAAACGAAGAGGAGGAAGUGGAAGAAGCAGAAGAGCAUUAUGCUGCAGUGGAAGCCGAAGAAGCUACAUCUGCUAAAAAGGAGGACCCUGUUGGUGUUGAUGAAGAAACUGCUUUUGACGAGGAGGAAGUUGCGGAGACUGAGAGCGAAGCAUCCGAUCUAGAAGUAGAGCUUGCAGCUACAAUGGAAAAGUCGAUUGACGAUGAAACGGCCCCUGAAAUGCAUGACGAGGUGGCAACGGAUACUCAAGAGACUUUUGAAGUAGAAGUCGAGGAAGCAUUUGAGGAUGAAACGCCGGAGAGACACGAGGUAGAGGUUGUUGUUCCUGAUGCAGAAGUUGCGUCAGUGUCUCCUGUGAUCUUGCAAGAAAAUGAGCGUUUGUUGGCGGAGAAUGACACCCUGACGCAACAGUUGGAGACAGCCGAGAGUGCUGUCACGACAAAAGACAUUGAACUUAUUGCAGUGAAGCAAGAGCUUGAGCUUCUGAAGACUCAACUUGCGGAAGAGCAGCUGAGGGCACAGGACAAGAUUUUGGCAGCAGAAAAGAAGCAGGAAUUGCUCGCUGCAGAUGCUGCUGAGACGCGUGCGGAGCUUGCCAGGUUGCAGCAGACAAACAGCGUGUUGUCAUCUGCUGUGAAUGAAGCAAAGGCAGCGAAAGCCCAGGCGGAGGAAUUGGUUACUCAGCACAAAAGUCUGAUGGCUGAUUUGAUGAACCUGCGCGAAGAGGUGCAGACGCUGGAGCAGUCUGUUCAGUUAGCGCGUGACAGCGAGGAGGCAGCAAGAUACGCUGCACAGGUCGCGUUUGCGGCUCGUGACUCUGCGGACGAUGUAAACCAACAGUUGAAGAAUCAACUUUGCGAGCUCGAAAAGUAG